GCUUCGGCUCUCUCGGUUCUGCAACCCCUUCCCCUCCCCAAUAAGCCCUGCUAGAGCCCAAUAGGGACCCUGCCGAUCCCCGACCCCACCCUAGGCCCCCGAACGCUGCCUUUCCCCUCCCUACUCCCCCAGUUUAAGAUCCAGCCAGCCCAGACGACCCAGGCGCCCGAGCAAGAGGGUAACCCAGGCGACCCGGCCUCUUCGGUCCUCUCGGCCCCACCCCCUGCAGCCGGAGCCGCGCCCCCCUCUACCACUGAUCCCGGAGCAAAGGACAGACGAAACUGAGCCAAGGGGAUUGGUCUCCAGGCGACCCCCAGCCCAAUUUUGUAACAAGGGGCAGAGAAAUUGUCUUCGUUUGCUGACCCCUAGCAGGAAAACAAUUUUAAGGGAAAGAUAAAAGGAGACGGAGGAAAGGUGGCAGCUAGAUUAUUUAGGAAAGGCAGAGGAGAUCGGGGUGAGUCGCCAUGGGGGCUCCCAGGGCCCAGCACCCGCCGCCUCCCCAGCUGCUGUUCCUAAUUCUGCUGAGCUGUCCCUGGAUUCAGGGUCUGCCCCUGAAGGAGGAGGAGGCACUGCCAGAGCCUGGAAGUGACACCCCUACAGUGGCCUCUGAGGCCCUGGCCGAGCUGAUCCAUGGGGCCCUGCUGAGGAGGGGCCCAGAGAUGGGCUACCUGUCGGGCUCCGAUCCAGACCCCACACUAGCCACCCCUCCAGCCGGCCAGACUCUUGCAGCGCCCUCCCUGCCGCGGGCCACUGCGCCAGGGACCGGCCCUCUUACCCAGGCCUUACCCCCUAUGGGGGGCAGGGGGGCAGGCCCCACCGCGCCAGAGCUGCUGACCCCGCCCCCAGGAACUACGGCCCCGCCCCCACCCGGCCCCGCCUCCCCAGGCCCGCCCCUGGGGCCUGAGGGAGGAGAGGAGGAGACUACGACCACCAUCAUCACCACAACAACUGUCACCACUACGGUGACCAGCCCAGUUCUGUGUAAUAACAACAUCUCCGAGGGUGAGGGGUACGUGGAGUCUCCAGAUUUGGGGAGCACUGCCAGUCGCACCCUGGGACUCUUGGACUGCACUUACAGCAUCCACGUCUACCCUGGCUACGGCAUUGAGAUCCAGGUGCAGACGCUGAACCUGUCUCAGGAGGAAGAGCUCCUGGUGCUGGCUGGCGGGGGUUCCCCAGGCCUGGCUCCCCGUCUCUUGGCCAACUCCUCCAUGCUGGGAGAAGGACAGGUCCUUCGAAGCCCAACCAACCGACUGCUCCUGCACUUCCAGAGUCCACGGGUCCCAAGGGGCGGUGGCUUCAGAAUCCACUAUCAGGCCUAUCUCCUGAGCUGUGGCUUCCCUCCCCGGCCGGCCCAUGGAGAUGUGAGUGUGACAGACCUGCACCCUGGGGGCACUGCCACUUUCCACUGUGACUCAGGCUACCAGCUGCAGGGGGAAGAGACCCUCAUCUGCCUCAAUGGCACCCGGCCAGCCUGGAAUGGUGAACCCCCCACCUGCAUAGCAUCCUGUGGUGGCACCAUCCACAAUGCCACACUGGGCCGCAUAGUGUCCCCCGAGCCUGGGGGAGCUGCAGGGCCCAACCUCACCUGUCGUUGGGUCAUUGAAGCAGCUGAGGGACGCCGGCUGCACCUGCACUUCGAAAGGGUCUCCCUGGAUGAGGACAAUGAUCGGCUGAUGGUGCGCUCAGGGGGCAGUCCGCUAUCCCCAGUGAUCUACGACUCAGACAUGGACGAUGUCCCAGAGCGAGGUCUCAUCAGUGACGCCCAGUCCCUCUAUGUGGAGCUGCUCUCAGAGACACCUGCCAAUCCCUUGCUGCUAAGCCUCCGAUUUGAAGCCUUCGAGGAGGAUCGCUGCUUCGCCCCUUUCCUGGCACAUGGCAAUGUCACUACCACGGACCCCGAGUACCGCCCAGGGGCACUGGCCACCUUCUCGUGCCUCCCAGGAUAUGCCUUGGAGCCUCCUGGCCCCCCCAAUGCCAUUGAAUGUGUGGAUCCCACGGAACCCCACUGGAAUGACACAGAGCCAGCCUGCAAGGCCAUGUGUGGAGGGGAGCUAUCCGAGCCAGCUGGUGUGGUCCUCUCUCCGGACUGGCCCCAGAGCUAUAGCCCUGGCCAGGACUGCGUGUGGGGCCUGCACGUCCAGGAAGAAAAGCGCAUCUUGCUCCAAGUUGAGAUCUUGAAUGUGCGGGAAGGGGAUAUGCUGACCUUAUUCGACGGGGACGGUUCCAGUGCCCGAGUCCUAGCCCAGCUGCGGGGACCUCAGCCACGCCGCCGCCUCCUCUCCUCUGGGCCCGACCUCACGCUGCAGUUUCAGGCACCGCCUGGGCCCCCAAAUCCUGGCCUGGGCCAGGGUUUCGUAUUGCACUUCAAAGAGGUUCCCAGGAACGACACAUGCCCGGAGCUGCCACCCCCGGAAUGGGGCUGGAGGACCGCAUCCCACGGGGACCUGAUCCGGGGCACAGUGCUCACUUACCAGUGCGAGCCUGGCUAUGAGCUUCUGGGCUCUGACAUUCUCACCUGCCAGUGGGACCUGUCCUGGAGCGCCGCGCCACCCGCCUGCCAAAAGAUCAUGACGUGUGCCGACCCCGGGGAGAUCACCAAUGGGCAUCGUACUGCCUCGGACGCUGGAUUCCCCGUUGGCUCCCACGUCCAGUACCGCUGUCUGCCAGGAUACAGCCUGGAGGGGGCAGCUGUGCUCACCUGCUACAGCCGGGACACGGGCACACCCAAGUGGAGCGACAGGGUCCCCAAAUGCGCCUUGAAGUACGAGCCAUGCCUGAACCCUGGAGUUCCAGACAAUGGUUACCAGACGCUAUACAAGCAUCACUACCAGGCUGGCGAGUCCCUGCGCUUCUUCUGCUAUGAGGGCUUCGAGCUCAUCGGCGAGGUCACCAUCACCUGUGUGCCCGGCCACCCCUCACAGUGGACCAGCCAGCCCCCACUCUGCAAAGUGGCCUAUGAGGAGCUCCUGGACAACCGAAAACUGGAAGUGACCCAGACUACAGACCCAUCACGGCAGCUGGAGGGUGGGAACCUCGCCUUGGCCAUCCUGCUGCCCCUGGGCCUGGUCAUUGUCCUCGGCACUGGCGUUUACAUAUACUACACUAAGCUGCAGGGAAAAUCCCUCUUCGGCUUCUCAGGCUCCCACUCUUACAGCCCCAUCACCGUGGAGUCGGACUUCAGCAACCCACUGUAUGAAGCUGGGGAUACACGGGAGUACGAAGUUUCCAUCUGAAUCCCAAGACUAAAGCUGCAGGAUCCAGGACGCCCCUUCCUUCCUCAUUCAGGGCAGUGGGGAGUACAGGGCUGGUCUCUAGCUCCUGGCUCCCCUCUUCCCUUUCGUGUAAAUAGUCUCCCCAUCCCACGAGGGGGCUUUGAUGGCCCUGGACACCCUGCAGUAAAUAAACCAGCAUCCUGCCUCCCAAA